AUGGCGGGGAGGAGAGAGCUUCUGCUCGUCUUUAUGUUUUGCCUGUGGCCUUGCGCUUCACCUUUUCUUGGUCUCUAUCCCUCUGCAUUCCCCGGCACUUCUUUCUUCAAUGUCUGGCCCAUUCCAAAAGGACUUGCACUCAGAACGAAACAAGUGGAGGCCCCGCCUCUGAGCGAUGCGCUUUCUUGGCUUGACGAAGACGGAGAGCAUCUCAAUGAUCAGACAGCUGACAUCUUAGAGAGCUUUGCUUUUGGAGAUGGUCAUCUUGAGGAGAAGCGAUCGUUGUGUGCAAAGCAAUUGUCGGAUUUGAGGUUGAACAUGUUUUAUCCAAAGAUAAAACAAGGAAGUGGUCAAGACACCUGGGGCCAGCUAGAUGCCUUCCGCCACAUCCUGGAGGCUCGCCUUCAUUUCUUGGCAUGCUUAGGUCCACAAGUCGCAGUACGGCAGUACGCUGGAGGGCAUGGAGUAAAGUAUGCAUUGUUUUGGAAAGUAGCCAACCAAACAUUUGAAAAAUCUGAAUUGGAGCAAAAGUAUGUGAAUGUGACUUAUCUUGCCUGCAUGCCUUUGCAUCAAUCAAUCAGUGAACCUCAGUGGAUUUAUCGCUUGGAAAAGUGUAGCGGAGAGGAAUGGAAUCAUGCUUUCACGAAAAUCCAGGGACCUUGGAAUAGAAAACCCGCACCUGAUGACCCAAUCUUCUUUUGUUUUGAUCAUUUCAUGGAUAUGGUCUCGGCGGACAUUCGCUGGCAUUGGCCAUUGGUAAGAAAUAAUCCUGCUGUCAUUUCCAACAUCUUUCGUGGGAAUUUCGCAGUCAGCCGAGAAAGAAGCAGUUUGGAAACAGAGCUCGAUUCCCUAUCCUUCGAUUACCUCCUCUGGAAAGUGUCGCAGGACGCAAAGAAAGGCAAAGCAGAUCUUGGGGAUGGCAAGGAGAUCUUUCAGAUCAUCAACGAUGCGGGGCUUGUUCCAUCUUAUCUUUCACAACUCCUUCUCAUGGACAUUGUGGUGGGAUGUGCACGGAGAGGUGAAGCUGGUCCAGAGGAGAUCGACAUGGCGCUUGAGACAAUCGAAUCCCUGGGAAUAGGGUCUGAUAUGAGCAUGUAUCUUCCUGCCCUUGAGGCUCUAGCAUGGGCUGCGUAUCAUGGCAAGGCAAACAUGAACGAUGCCGAAGUCAUGGUGUUGAGAAUGAUGGAAUCUUGUUUUGUCUCCGAGAGAAUGACUGAGCUGUGCUCCCUCCCUACCUUACACAGUUGCACCUGGUCUGUCUUGGUCUCCUGCUCUUUCAAGAACUCCAUGGACAAGAGGCAAUAUGUCGGGCAGGCUGCUCCAGGGUUGAAAUCCUCGUAUAUUCAAGCAGAUCUCAAUUGGCGUGAUUAUGAAUUCAAUCUGAUUAAGACCUUGGAGUGUUACAACGUGUCGAACAGCAUCAUCAUAUCUGCUGCAAGGAUGCAGCUAAUCUUAGCAGCUUCGCUUGUCGGUGAUAGUAGUUUGGAGGAAGUUGAGACAAGAUUGACAGAAUUCCUGGAGCCGGAUGUGGAAUUGGAACAUGGAAUCGGUUAUCCAAUGGUAGGUGCUGUUGUUGCUCUUGCUCAACAAGGCAAAGCCACUCUGCAAGAUAUUCAAAAGACUGUAGCAUAUUGUGAAGUAGGAGGUCUGCAGCUUGACUCUUUGUUGGUUGCCCUUUGGCUGAAUGGAACUUUAGCUGCAUACCGGAGGAACGAGGCUAGUAUUGACGACAUUGUGGAAUUGUUCAAUGUUAUAUUUCGGCAACGAGUAUCUCUUGAGCAGAGACUGUUCAAUCAGGUCACAGACGCACUGAUAUAUGGAUAUCGAAAUCUCAAUCUCUCAACAAGCAAGAUUGAACUCAUAAAGAGUCAACUGCUUGUGAUUGGAGGCACCUUUGACAAAAGCUUCUUUGACUUUUUCUUUGAGGUGGCGCUUGAAGAGCAUCUCAAUAGAAACGUUACUGUAUCUUGUUUAGAUGCAGAAUGCAUUGUUGAGGACAUGAUGAUCGCUGGCCAUGAGCCCGAUACUUUGACUUUGACCCAGCUGAUGAAGAUUUUUACGGUCGUCUGCUCCGAAUCUCGAGGCUCAAUCGAGGAUGUUGCCAGGAUACUCGACAAGGCAAAGGCAAGCGGAGUGCACUUCGACAGCGCUCUGCUGAUACAAACGAUGCAUGCGGUGUGUCAGUGUGCCAAACACGGACAGAUUUCUCUUGAACAGACUGUAAGUUUGAUGCUGUACCUGAGCAACGAAGAAGCGGUCACAGGGAGUGCCGAGCUUCUAGGUGCACUCAUAGAAGUCGCGUCUGCAGCUGCUCCUUUUGGUUUAGCUCACAUGAAUCAAUUGAUUCCGUUUGUCGAUAGACUUGUACAGCUGAAAGGCGAGCUAUCAAAACAUCAGAAGCAACUUUUGAUGUCGAUCUUGGAAGCCAACGCACAUCAGGGACUGGCAAGUUUGAGCGAUGCUGACUUGUCUAUGAAGUAUAUUGAGGGUGGGGGAGAACGACCGACAAAGGAAAUGCUUUCAGUAUUGCUUGAUGUGGUGGUGUCUGGUGCCGGUCGAGGCCAAGCUGCCAUGAAGGAUGGAGAACAUGUUAUCGGCAGAAUGAGAGGCUGCGGCUUUGAAAUAGGAGAAAGGGAAUUGGAGCGCUUGUUACUGAUUGCAAAGUUUUCUGUGCAAGCAAACGUCGGAAAUUUCUCUGAUAGUUGUAAAGCUGCAGAAGCUCUUCAGAGAAAGAUUGGAAAUUUGUCGUCAAAACAUGCAGUUUGGAUUCUUGAAUCUGCUGUGUGGGGUGCGUUUCAUCGACGGCAAAAGAAUGAAGGGUCAGGCUACGCUGGAUCUUGGUACAAUGAAACAUGGGCAAGAGUGGAUCGAUUUCUGCAGUCAUCUAACAUCUCCGGUCAGCAUCUUGGGUCUAAAGGAGUAGCUCUGUGCGCAAGAUUUGCCUACUUGGCAGAAAGCAAGCACCUUGCUCUUCGCGCUUGGCAGUUUUUCAGAUCAAUUCCGCCCAAAAGUCGAAAUUCGCUGGUCUAUCGAGAGAUGAUCGGAGCGUUAGGGGCUGUGAGAAACAGCGAAGCUGCUCUCGGACUUCUCAAAGUAGCCAUCAAGAACGGUAUUCCCUUGACAGGGGAGAUGUACAUGACAACCUAUGAAGCUUGCAGCUACGAUCCUGCUGUGGUCCAAGAGUUACAAGAUGAGUACAGAGACAAGGUGGAGUCAGCGAAGAGAGAGGCUCCUACCCAACAGCUACGAACCUCUAGGCACAGACCAGAGGCUGAAGAUGUGCUGUUGUCACAUAAUCAGGAAAGUAAGUGA